AUAGGUCCCUGUUCAGUUAAUCUGGGCUGCCGAGAGUGAUCGGCAUGCGGAAUAGACCUACGCAUUUUGUUAGUUGGGGUUUUCGUGCAUCCCUGGGACUUCUCUGCCCACGCCAACGAGCGUCCUAGGGUUUGGUGCAGGCUGGGCCCUUGCAUAUUCCUUUCCCCUUUUACCAGCUUUUUCUACUGGGUGCCGGUGGGCCUUGAACCUGCGAGGACUGUCUGGGAUAAGGCUUAUAUCGGAACUUCUCUUCGAGCCCAGAGGAUUGUUAUAUAUACAUCAGGAGGUCAAUAGUGGUAUCGGUGGUAAUAAAAGAGCCCACGACUAUGAGCUUCUACACUCCCUUUUCCGCCUCCCGUGUCAAAGAAAUGGUGCAGUCUCUCUUUAAGAUUAAAAUGGUGGCUUGCUAUGAUGAGGACUCCACUUCCGGUGGGGAGGGGGCGGGACCCCAGCCCGCUCACGCCGGAAGUGGUUCGGGUUCUCAAGAUGGCGACUCCCUAUGUAACUGACGAGACCGGCGGCAAAUACAUUGCCUCAACACAGAGACCGGACGGGACGUGGCGCAAGCAGCGGAGGGUCAAAGAAGGAUACGUGCCCCAAGAGGAGGUCCCAGUCUAUGAAAACAAGUAUGUGAAGUUUUUCAAGAGUAAACCAGAACUUCCCCCAGGGCUAAGCCCUGAGGCCACCACACCGGUCACCCCAUCCAGACCUGAAGGUGGUGAAGCAGGCCUCUCCAAGACAGCCAAACGCAACCUGAAGAGGAAGGAGAAGAGGAGGCAGCAGCAGGAGAAAGACGCGGAGGCCUUGAGCAGGACUCUUGAUAAGGUGUCUCUAGGAGACACAGCCCAGACCCAUAGUGCUCUCCACCGCCCCCAGGCCACACCUCUAGCUGCCUCUGAUCCAUCCAACUCUGCUGCCACCACAGAGAAAGCCAAGAAGAUCAAGAGCCUGAGGAAGAAGCUUCGACAGGUGGAGGAGCUUCAGCAGCGCAUCCAGGCCGGGGAGGUCAGCCAGCCCAGCAGAGAACAGCUGGAGAAGCUGGCCCGGCGGAGGGUUCUGGAGGAGGAGCUGGAGGACUUGGAGUUGGGCCUGUGAGGCUUCAGGAGUAGGGGAAUGGACUGCAGAACAAACCAUGGGGUGCUCUGGGGCCCAGGGAGUGUGGGCCGCAGCAGUCAGGAGGGGCACCCCCAUACUGGCUCUCCUCCACCUCCUGUGGCCCGACUCCGUCCUCCAGAGCCUCGGCUCUCCUUCAUCCCUUCCCCUUCUUCUCAGCUCCUGUUUUUGGACUUUCCCCUUCCAUCCCAGUGUUCACAAUCUGAGUGCCGACCUGAGGUACCUCUGCUGCUGAUCUGGGUGUCUUGUUGAAAAGGAAACCCGGGGGGUGGGUGGGAGUCUGUUAGAGAUCUGAGGCUGAGGGUACAAGUAGUACUCACAUUUUGGAGUCUUGGUUCCUGUUCAGUGUUUAUGAGUUACUUCCCUGGCCAUCCCAAACCUCUUCCCCCCCCCCUUUUUUUUUUAAAGAAAGUAAGAAUAAAUUCAAGUAGACAACA